AUGUCUACAAACAAAAAACGUAAAAUUGAAGAGGAAAAUAGAGGAUUCAGAAGUGAGUGGACUGAUACUUAUGCAUUUGUCCAGAACACCAUGGGACAACUAAAAUGUCUCAUUUGUGACGAAAACUUCAAAAACGAUAAAAAAUCGAAUAUUGAAAGUCACUUUUUAUCUAAACACGAUUCUUUUGGUAAGACGUACCCAGCGGAAAAUAAAAGAAAAACAGCAAUGGCCGAGUUGAUUCGUAAAUCUCAACAAUCGACAUCUAAAUUUAAUAACUGGUUGCAGUCAGCGUCUAAUUUGACUGCAGCUAGUUUUGUUGUAUCUCACGAAAUCAUGAAAUCUGGAAAACCGUUAAUUGUUGGGGAAUAUAUUAAAAAAUGUUUUACUGGUAUGUCAGAACAUCUGUUUUCUGAAUUCAAAAAUAAAACAAAAAUAAUCAAUAAAAUAAAGGAUAUUCCGUUGUCGGCAAUUACUGUUCGUGAUAGAGCUGUUAGAAUGUCUGAAAAUAUCACAGAACAACAGUUUUCCAAUCUGAAGUCAUCACCUGUAUUUUCCUUAGCUUGUGAUGAAUCAUGUGCCGUUAAGAACAUCCGCGCAACUCACUUUAAUGGGACGGUAUGUUUCGUCUACGGGUGUUCAUGA